AAUGAAAUAGAAGAACGACAGAUUCGAAAAGCAGCACAAAGAUUUGAUUUAGGACGCAUUUAUAUGCUGCUAGGGCAAGCUCACCUUGAUCUUGGAAAUUUACCAGAAGCGGAAGAACACCUCCUUGCCUCAGUACAGAAAUUUGGUGGAUUCUUUCCAAAAUCAAAAUUUGCUGCUCAAAUAUUUAUUCCUUGGCAAUAUUCCUAUCUCAUGUUGAAAAUGAAACUUCCUCGUAUUUUUUUACCAAGAAGUCAUGAUGUAACAUCUCGAGAAAAGGCUUCUGCAUUCUCACAUCUAGCAAAUGUUUAUAUGAUGAAGCAAAAGUGGUUAAGAGCUGAAACUGCUUCUUUACUAAGCCUAAAUUUUGCACAAAAAUCAAAUGAUCUUUGUGAAUUAUGUGGAGCAUAUUCCAAUGUGAUGGAAAUCUGCCAUCAUUUUGGAAGACUAAAGUAUAAUAAGAAACUUGAAGAUUCUGCAUUAGCAUCUGUCAAAACUUUGUUUACUGGAUCACAGGCCAAGGAACUAUUAUCUCUUUGCCAGCUUUAUUGGGCUACUUCCAUUUCUAGAUUGUUGCGAGGAGAACUGAAAUCUAGUAUAAAGGCAGGGUUCACAAUUCUUAAAAUGAGUGAACAUAUUUGUAACAAUUUCAUCAAACUUACUGUCAUUCCAACACUUAUUCAAGCUUUGGUCAUGACUUAUGGUUUGCAUGACGCUGUUGAUUUGCUAAAUGUUCUUUUAUUUGAAGCACAACAAGACAUUGAUAAAUCUUCAGAAAUAUGGUAUUAUGCUCUAUGCUUAGAUAUAUUAUUAGAUACUGGGUUUGUUGUUGAAACAUAUGAGAAAACCAUAAGUUAUGCAAAACAACUAUUAAAAAAAUAUGAUGCAAAUUUUUCAAAUAUUAUUCUUCGUGACAAGGCAUCUCUUCAAAGGUUAAUGGUGAACAUGUGGGUUUGGAGUGUUCGCUUGUAAGUACCUUAAAUGUUUGUUCUUAGCCAUAGUACAGAUUAUAGAGAGUCUUUGUCUUCAUAGACUUUGAUCAGUUUUUGAUAUAAGGAAAAAAUAUUUAUGAGAUGGUAAAACCCUUGGAUCUCAAAAAUCAAAUUUUCAGGAACAAGAAAAUAUAUAUAACAAUUCUGUCACAAUCUGAAUCUGUUUUCAUUCUUUCAAAGCAUUAUACUCAAACUAUUGUUCAAUAAUUUCAAUUCUAAUCAAACAAGUUUCUGCAUCCUCUGUAAUACAUUUUUUUUAAUCUCAUGUGAAAUAUAUAUGAUGAAUUGCAAACAUGGAGAUACAAACUAUUCUUAAUGGUUACUAAUUGAGAGUGACUUGAUUCCCUCUGGAGAUAAUCAUUACAGAAGUUACAACUUGCACUAAGAAAUAAACAAUUUUCUAACAUGAUUUUAAUCUCUGUCUAUGCAUUAAUAAAUGUAUCUUACAAAAUUAAUUUUUUGACAGGCAUUUUUUCAAUAUUUAUCCACACAUCAAUGGUUCAAUGAAUGUUUUUUGAUAACACACAUCAAAAUUUGUAUGUUUAAAAUUUAACUUAUAAACAGCAUUAUUUUGUGCACUCAAAUUUUCUGAAAAAUAAAUACAUUUCAUUUUUCAUUCACUCAUUUUUGAGUGGUUCACAUUAGGCAAUGUUUCUUAGCUCUUCUUUUCCAUCUUUUUCUCUCUCCUAUAUCAAGGGUGUCCAACUUGCAAGGUCUCAAGGGCCACAACAAAAACCUUUAAUAUGAUGAUGAUUAUUUAUUACCAUUUAUUGCCAUAUUUACAUUACUCAGGUAAACCACAUCUGACUUAUCCAUAUUGUUCAUAUUGGAAGUUUAUCUGGCUGCUCUGAAAUGGGGGAGGGCAAAAUGGAACCAAUAAUUAUAUCAGGCCAUACUUUGCAUAACACAGUGAACACAUUAAGAUAAUUUUGAAAUUCCAAAUUUAUUAGAAAAAGUUCUUAAAUCUAAACUUGAACCUACUUUUACAUUAAGAGGAUACUGAUCCCAUCUAGAUGUGUGACCUAGGCAUGCUACGUUUUU